CAACUUGAAAUCUAUCCACCAAUACUCAUUUUUGUAGUCACCCAUACCAUCAUCCAAUGACUUUCAACCUCGCAAAGAUCAAUCCAAUUGAUCUGACGGGAAAUGUCGUGACGUCCAACAAUCGCCCAUUCGGCAGUGGAAACUUCGCAGACGUUUGGGAGGGAAUCCACACCGUGCAAGGUUAUAGGUAUCCUGUAGCUGUGAAGAUCCUGAGACCAUCACUUCUGUCAGACAAGCAUCUUAAGCAAAAAACCAAACGGAAAAUUUUGCGAGAGGCAAAAGUUUGGAGCACGCUGGUUCAUCCCAACGUGGCUCGAUUCAUCGGUGUGUACUAUGUACAAGAUACACAGGGGGUUCCUAUCCCCCGUCUAGUAUCAGUUUUUUAUAGGAACAGAACACUGAAAGACUAUCUGGUAAAUAAUCCCAACAACCGUGAGAGCCUACGGAAACUUUUUCGCCAAUUCUUGUCUGGAUUAGAAUAUCUGCACGACAAAAAAGUCAUCCAUGGAGACCUCAAACCUACAAAUGUUCUCAUUGACAACUCUUGGAAUGCGGUUUUGGCGGACUUCGGCCUUUCCCUUGUCCUCGAUGUUUCUGGUUUCACGACGACUAAUGUAAAGGCGGUCGGCACGUUCCGUUACAUGGCACCCGAGUUGAUGAAUCCCCCGAACCCUUUGGUAACACCGCGACCCACCGCGCAAUCGGACAUCUGGUCGGCAGGUAUGACGGGUCUAGAGAUUUUAUCUGGCGUUGUGCCGUACGUCGAUAAAAUUCAGGAUGGCGAGCUCAUCUUCUGUAUCUCUAAAGGGGACAUACCCGACAGGAAUCGUUACGAUCAAGUGUCAAGUAAGACAUGGUCGAUGCUGAAGACCUGUUGGUGUGAGGCCAAGGCGCGACCAGGUGUACCUACAUUGAUAAAGUCCUUGAAUGAAAUUUAUCCCGGUUUGCAGUAAGCUAUAUGACGAAAUUGUCACAUAUGUAGAUACAGAACGUCCUUCAUUGCAUAGGUUAUAUAACACGGACUUGACGAAUAAUGCUCUAGUUUUGGUUUCAUAUCAAUAGU